AUGAAGGCACAGCGGAAACACUCAAAAGAGGAGUCCGCGCCGCCCUACUUUGGCACUACGUCUGUCGCGCUACACAGCAGAGAAGAGAUGCCGCCAAAGCGAAGCAAGAAUAGCAAGCCGAGAAGUCCGCAACUGAAGAAGCGCAGCUCGUCGAAAUCGAGUCGACUCGCUGUCGAAGCCAAGGCCACCACAAAGGCGAACACUGCAUGCGGGAAGGCUCGACAAGGCCCGAAUCAAAAUUCGGGCAAACGGGAUCCUCACACAAAAUCGUCGCCGCCCCGUCGUGAAAGCGGAAAAGUGGCCAUUGUGCUACGAGGGUCACGGCCACAGGAUGCGCCCACCAAAAACGAUGAGGACGCUCCGAGCUCGACAAGCCCGUUAUUCGAGCCUAUCGGUGCCAGUCCGUUUGUGGUUCCAGAGCGAUCCCAGGCGAGCGACGGCGAAUACUUCUUACCAGACUGGAGCGUCAGCAGCGAAGCGCCACCGGCGAUUCAUCGGGCAGGCUUUCCUCUCAACCGCCCCUCCAGUGAGCUCCGUCGUAACUCGCUUAAUGCCAACAGCAGCAGUAACGCCGUGCCGCACACGAUUGACGGGACUCUUCGAGAGUAUAUGGAUAUGAGUGGCAGCUGGGCACUGCAGUCGCAGAAGGCGUUCCUAUGGGGCACCAGCCCCAAGGCUGCCCCAAAGCGGCCGAAAGGUAGCAGUGCGAACCCCAGCACGGUCCGCUGUUACUCACAGUACCCCAUGGCAUGCAGUGACUCCUCCUCUCUCCUGCUCAGUGCGCCAUAUCAGGUCCAGCCGCGGCGCAAGGUGGCGCGCACGGCACCAUCGGAUCUCAACCCCGAAAACUUCUAUCCCCCAUUCCUCAUGGGGCCACCCAGUGAUCAUCACCAGCGCACGGUGGGCAGCUGCAAUGCUUCGCGACAGCUGCGAAGUCGAUCCGGCGUAGCGAACGGCGAUGUUGCCGCCACAAGUAGCAAGCGGGAAGGCUUCUUGAAGCUCUGCAGUGACAGCAUCACAGGGUUCAAUGACAGCCACGCAGACGACGUCUCGCCUCUCCCUACGCAGCGAACCUCUCGAGCUGUCGACGCGGCCUCCCUUCGAACGCUGUCGUCUGCCUUCUUCUCGACUACCUCUCGGUCACCGUCACAGUCACUCUUCCGGGCGCCCAUGAGCAUGAGUCCCUACGCCACCGUCUGCAGCACCACAAACGGCUUCGACAAGGGAUCGGUCGUGUGGAAAUCCAUGUACGGGACCGACAAGGAUGGCGACGACGACGAGAGCUCGCUCGUGCCUGGGAGACACGGGACGGGUGCCGCUGCUCGGCGUGGCACGGGUUGCCGCUAUCCGACCUCCUUUCACUCCUCAACGGGGCUCCUGCCUCUCUCUGCAAGCGAUCCGAAUGGCGGCGGGGCAGGUGCUGAGGAGAGACCGGCACGGCGUCAUGGCAACGUCAGCUCUUUGUACGGCUGCCUGCUUGAUGGUGCCGCCGUGGUGCUGAGCUCCUCGUCGGACGAUGGGGGCGUCGACGCCAAAGACCACGAUUAUCGGACGUCAUCCAGCACGCCCCCGGGCCAGUGCGGCACGCUCGAACGUAAACGUACGAUGAAUGCCCCCGGGUGGAUGAUGAAGACAGGCAAGAGCCGGCCGUGCGGUAAAAGGGGCGGCACUCGCGGAGGCAGCGACAGCGACAGCGACGACGAAGACGUCGAGCGUCGACAGAGCCUUUCACCCACCAGCACAUCAAAGCGUAAAGGUCGCGGUAAGACGGCGCAUCGCAGCGACGUCGACUCACACAGGGACGAGGUGGCGGUGCGGAACGACACGAACAGCGAUGAGGACGCGGACGCGGAGGGAGACAGCGAGGGCAGCUCAACCCCGCCGUCACGGCAGACUGCCUUGCAACGUAUUCUGUCGGGCAUGGAGAAACCCUCCCACUCCGAAGAGGUGGACAAAGAGGUGGCCGUGCAGGAAGAACGACCUACUCUGCGCAUCUCUCCUUCGCUGCCGUCCAGAAGUGGUGCCUGCAGAGGCAGCAGCAACGUGCACCACAGGGUGAGCCCCGCAGUCACAGACUGCAGGCGGCCCGUUUCCGUUCACUAUUACGGGCCACUGCGAGCGAACAUGAUGCCGCCGGGCAGCUAUCGAGGUUUGUGCGCCGGGCACGGUGCACAGGCGGCCGCCUAUCUGCACAGCCGUGGCAUUUAUCAACCCCUAAGUCUCUCACCAUCGCCGCAAAACGAGAGUGUCUGGCACGCGCAGCUAGCCGACUUCACAUCACCAUCCACUAAUAUGAGCUGUGGCGCAUACACAAGCCCCGCCCCAGGUAUCGUUCCGGCGGUCUGCAGAUCCUCACCCCCGAUGUUCCGGCAGACGGUGAAAACUGUGGCGGUGCACGAACUGCUAGGCCUUGACCCUGAGGCCGAAAUCAUUUUCGUGAAGUCACCUGUCUGGAAGCGCUUGCCCCUCUAG